AUGCAUGUGGUACCGAUAUCACCAAUCUGGAAAGCUCAGGUUCCAACUCACCUCCCACCCAUGAAAUUUGUUAACAGAGCCCCACCUCACCACAUAGGUGGACCAUUCCAUCGCAAUGGAUGUGGACUUUAUGACCACACAGGUCCCACUGACCACACAGGUCCCACUGACCACUCAGUCCCGUUACUCAAUUUCACAAUACUCGUCCGCACUCGACACCAAUUUCCAGAUUCUCUCAUCCCGCGCAAUACUCGGCACGGCAUCAAGAAUCCUUCCUCAAAACAAGACUUAACGGAAUUUCCGCCCUCUGUUACUCCAGAUGCAACAGUUAAAGACCGUGUUGAACCGUCCUUUGAAUAUCCACAUUUUACUACAACCUCAGAAUCAUUACCUUUAUGUUAUCAAGACCAAAAAUCCAAAGAGUUCUCUUUCUUAUCUGAUACUAAGCUCUCCUCUGAGUUCCAUUAA